GUCCCUUGAGGAAGGCUUUUGCGCAUGCGCUCCUAAUGUAACAAGAUGGCGGAGAGUGCGGAACUGAAGCAAAUGGUAAUGAGCCUUCGAGUUUCGGAGCUCCAAGUGUUGUUGGGAUACGCAGGGCGAAAUAAGCACGGACGCAAACAUGAACUUUUGACCAAAGCCCUCCACCUACUUAAAGCUGGAUGCAGUCCAGCUGUGCAGAUGAAGAUUAAAGAGCUCUAUAGACGACGCUUCCCAACCAAAAUGGUUUCACCAGUGGACCUGGCUCUCCCCGGAGUUCACUCUGCCUCCAGCCUGCCCGCUGGCCUCGCUCAGCUGGGAUUUGACAGCCACGGUUCCCCUUCGCCUCUGCUACCUGUGUCUUUACUUGGGCCGAAGCAUGAGCUGAGCCUGCCGCACCUCCCCUCCGCCCUGCACCCUGUACACCCAGAUGUCAAGCUUCAGAGAUUGCCAUUCUACGACGUGCUGGAUGAGCUCAUUAAGCCCACCAGUCUGGUUUCAGACAACAGUCAGCGGUUCCAGGAAGCAUGUUAUGCCUUUGCAUUAACACCACAGCAAGUUCAACAAAUCAGCAGCUCCAUGGACAUAUCUGGGACCAAAUGUGACUUUGCUGUUCAAGUACAGUUAAGAUUUUGUUUAUCAGAGACAAGCUGUCCCCAGGAGGAUCUUCCCCCAAAUCUGUGUGUGAAGGUGAAUGGCAAACCCUGUAAUCUCCCGGGAUAUCUUCCUCCAACCAAAAACGGAGUUGAACCAAAAAGGCCCAGUCGCCCCAUCAAUAUAACCUCUCUUGUCCGACUGUCCACCACAGUUCCUAACACGAUUGUGGCGUCGUGGACUUCGGAAAUUGGGAGGAGUUUUUCCAUGGCUGUUUAUUUGGUAAGACAACAGUCGUCUGCAGUGUUGUUGCAAAGACUACGGGCCAAAGGAAUAAGAAACCCAGACCACUCGAGAGCUCUGAUCAAAGAGAAAUUAACAGCUGAUCCAGAGAGUGAAAUUGCCACCACCAGUCUACGAGUCUCUCUCCUGUGUCCUGUAACUGGGAAGAUGAGGCUGACAAUCCCCUGCAGAUCGAUGACAUGCUCUCACCUUCAGUGCUUUGAUGCUACACUUUAUAUCCAAAUGAACGAGAAGAAGCCCACUUGGGUGUGUCCCGUCUGUGACAAGAAGGCACCAUACGAGCACCUCAUUAUUGACGGAUUGUUUAUGGAAAUCUUGAAUAGUUGUUCUGAUUGUGAUGAAAUCCAGUUCAAAGAAGAUGGAAACUGGUGUCCCAUGAGGUCAAAGAAAGAGGUGCAGGAGGUGUCCGGUUCCUACAAUGGGGUAGAUAGUGGUAAAUUUUCCCGGUCAGACUCGCACGCCAAAAGGGGGUCCACUGACAACGGCAAAAAAGUUGAUGUGAUCGACCUGACUCUGGAUAGCUCGUCAGAGGACGAGCUUGAUGAUGAGCCACCUCCCAAAAGACCCUGUCCCUCGCUUUCGCCCGUCUCACCUCCAAAUAAAGGAGUACUAAACCUACACAGCCAGGGCUCACCUGUGAGCAGAGCUCCCAGCAUGCCCCCUGUGGAGACUAGUUACAUUCCUCCUCCUCCACGUCUUAUCCAGGACUACCGCCACUAUUAUCACUCAACUAGUGACCUGCCAGAUCUGAAUUUCUUCUCCUUCCUCCAAGGGGACAAUCAGCAUUACAACAUGGUAAUGGCUGCCGCAGCAGCUGCAUCAGCGUCAGAGGACCACGACCUGCUCCUCAACCGCUUCCUGCCCUACAGCUCCUCUCAGAUGAUGCGGGAGCAGCCAGGCACUCCUGGGAGCAGCACGCUGGUGGCCACUAACGGAGGCAGCACAGUGGCAGCACCAGUGUUGGUGUCUUCGAGCAGUCUACGGGAUCGAGAUAAAGACAGAGACAGGGACAGCCACUCCAUCUCAGGAUUGUCGAGGUCCUCGGUGGAAGCUGCAGCGGAUUUAGGCUCCAUGUCUGACGUUAUCUCUCUCGACUGAUCCGCGCAGAACUGAAAGACGCAGGAGAACCGCGAGAACAGGAGCUCUUUGUAAAUAAGGAAGAAGAAGAAGAAAGAAUACAGUGCUAUGUACAGAGAGGAAAAUCUAUUUUCAAUUUUACUUAUCAUAUGUAUAUAAACUUAGGACGCUUCUUGUCCGGUGAGUUACUUCAGUUGAUAUUUUUCUGUGAAUACUGAAGACUUUUUCACACCUCUUCAUGUGGUCCUUUGAUUAUAUGUACCUUUUGUACUGGUUUUUACAGUUUUGUUUGAUAUUCCAUGUUGACGGCAUUAUUUCAGUAUAAUGUUAUGUGCACAGAACCAAUAAGGUGACACCUUAUGGAACAUUAACUUUAGAGCAUAAAGAAAAUGGCAUUGUAAUAGUAACUUAUACAAAAGGCAGGUUGAAGCAAACAGGAACAUGGGUAUCUCUUUCUUUACUUUCUAAAUAGCACCAUUUCUGUCAAAUGUUUUGACAGCAGAGAGAUCUGGUGAUUUUUUUUGCCAUCACUGUAGAUUUUUCUGUACGACAUCCAUGCUGUGGUCAUGUUAUUUUUAAGAAAUUAUUUAUGAUGUAAGUUAUGUUGGAUGUAUGCUGUUUUUUAAAGAGCAUUCCCUCUGCCUCUAGGAACUGUUGCCACUAGAAAUGCAAAAAAGCAAACGCUAGAUCCUUCUGUUGUCAUAAAUCUGCACUCUCUUCAGUCCAAUCAAAUACGAACAAUAUUGUACAGUUCAGACAGUACCUGAAAAAGCAUAAGAAUUGGAGUGUAUCAGCAUUGUAAACCAGCUUUUUUUAGUGUGUGAAUGAAUGGCACUCGUCCCAUCCAUCAAACAGCCUUCUGUUGUCAUACAAUUGGACCUUUUAUGCUCAUAUAAUAUUGCAAUAUUGUGUCAUUUUCUUUUAAACUAUGUGUGUGUUUUUUUUAAUAUAACUCUUAAAGAAUAUACACAGAAAUUCAAAGUCAA